CGGGGCAGGGGCGGGAAUCUGGCUGCGCAGGCGCCGGAAGAGGCGCUCGGGGCGCGGGUGCCGCCUUUACUUUCGGGGGGCGGCUCCUCACCUCAGGGGCGGCCGUCUUUCCCGCUGGCGCUGUCCUUUGGUCGCCCGGUCCCGGGGACGGCAGCCCCUUCCCGCUCGCCUGUGGCCCCGGCUCGAGAACUCGCCCAGCCGCGGGGGCGCUCGGGAGUCUCCCGGUUGAAUGAGGAGUGAGGAAACGUCCCCGCGUCCAACCCGCGGGGAGCCCCGGCAGGUCCCUCGGCGCCCGGUCCGUGGCACGGGGACAGCCUUUCCUGCCUCAGGGAAGAAGAGAGAGACAGACUGCAGUGAUGGAGACCCAUUCGAUGUGCACAAAAGACCGCCAUCCAGGGCUGGAGAGGACCGGGCCAUGCUGCUGGGCUUUGCCGUGAUGGGCUUCUCAGUCCUAAUGUUCUUCUUCCUUGGAACAACCAUUCUACGGCCUUUUGUGCUCAGCACUCAGAGGGAAGAAUUGACCUGCACUGCCAUCCACACAGCUAUCACGGACGACUGGCUGGACUGUGCCUUCACCUGCGGUGUGCACUGCCGUGAGGGGAAGUACCCGUGCCUUCAGGUGUUUGUGAACCUCACCCAUUCAGGGCAGAAAGCUCUCCUACAUUAUAAUGAAGAGGCUGUCCAGAUAAAUCCCAAGUGCUUUUACACACCUAAGUGCCACCAAGAUAGAAAUGAUUUGCUCAGCAGUGCUCUGGACAUAGAGGCAUUCUUCGAUCACAAGAAUGGAACUGCCUUUUCAUGCUUCUGCAGUCGCAGCCAAGCUGAAGAUGUCAUUCUUAUAAAACAGUAUGACCAAAUGGCCAUCUUCCACUGCUUCUUGUGGCCUCCGUUGACCCUGCUAGGUGGUGCCCUGACUGUUGGCAUGGUGAGAUUACACCUGUCCUCACUGUGUGAAAAAUGCAGCAAUGCAGUAAGAGAUGAGGUAGGUGGAAAAGUACCUUACACAGAACAGCAUCAGUUCAGACUGUGAAGUGUGAGGAGGAGCAGAGAAAUCUUCAGACGGUGGCCAAAUUAAAGUGCUGGCCUUCAGAUGUUCGUGAUUUCUGCAGCUGAGGCCCUAAUUACACCUGCCUGCAAACUAGCAAUGUAAAAGGUAAUAAAGUUAAGAUUCAUAUUUUCAUGUGGGGAAAAAAAAUUUACA